CUGACUUACGAUAAUACCAGUAUUUCUGCUAAGGCUCACGUCGCAAAGGGACACCAGUAGUAUAUGUAGAUGUCGUCUCUCAACUGCAAGUGCUGCGGCUCAUCGAGCACAAUCCUGAAGUUUGUCUCCUGCCUGCAUACGUUGUGUGUGCCCUGCUUGCGAAACAACAUAGCCUUUGACGGUUCUAUCCAAUGUCCACAAUGUUUUUCUAGAACCGAGUUACGUUUUGGCCUUGAGCCAUUAUGUUCCCUUCCGAAUGCUGUGGUCGAUGGAGAUUCGGUUGCAGGUGACAAGAGACAGAACACACCAAUAGUAUGUGAAGAGUGUGGAGAUGAUACCUUGGCGACAAGCAGUUGUGACAACUGCCAUGUGAAAUUGUGCGAUGCUCACGCUGGUGUUCAUCCGCUGAACAAAACCACAAAGGGACAUGUGGUCAAGCCAUUAUCCCAAGAGACGCCAGGCUCGUCUGCUGCAGGAUCGACCAGCAGAUCUGCUGCUACACAGCACAGGUGUGUACUGCAUACAAGUGAGUUCGUUGAUGGAUUCUGCGUACAGUGUAACCAGUUGCUGUGUCCAAAGUGCAAGCAGGCACAUUCACUCAAGAAAGAUCAUCAAGUCUUGGACAUAGCCAGUGCUGGUCAAAAGACUCGGGAUAUGCUAGCAGAUAAGCUUGCCAGCAGUUCAUCAACAUGUGAUGGUGUUAUAACCCAAGCAUUGAACAAUGUUCAAACAAACAUUCGGAAGCUAAACGACCAAACAGAGCAGGCCUCAGCAAAAGUCACGGAAUUCUCCAAACUGUUGAUCGACUCAGUUGAGAAACGUCAGAAUGAACUCCUUGCUGAGCUGGAUGACAUGCGGUCUAAGAAGAUUCUGUCAUUGGAGAAACAACAAAGUCGACUUCAAGAGUGCGUGUCGCCAGAAGAGACUGCUGCAAAUAUUAUGAAAUAUAUCACAGACGAUGUUGACCUGCUCCGUAUAUGGACAUGGAUCGACGAGUCACUUAACAAAGCGGUAAGAGUGGCCGAAGAAAAUAGAGUUCCGUAUGUGUCCAGUGGGCUUGUGUUUGCCAGCACUGACGCCGCACAACUACUGAAUGACAUUGGCAAGUCUGGUACUGUACUGGAUGUAGCUGAUCAUGCUGUACUGGAUUGUCCAAACAAAGCAAUGACUCAUGAUGAUGUCAUGCUCAGAGUUGAGAUGAUGCCAUCACCUGCUGCUGAUGCUGGCAGUGCCAGUGCUACCAAUACCAGUGCAUGGCAUUUCAGUCAGGAUGAACUCCACAACAUCGGACUGCAGAUUUCCAUAGAAAAUAUUGACGAGGAUCAUUUUCCAGUUGUGAGUCACGUCUUUGAAUCAUUACCUGGACGUAUAGAGGUUGGUCUUGGUCGAAUACAAGCUGGUCGCUACAGUGUCUCAGCUAUGAUUGGCAACAGGCACUUGCAAGGCAGUCCACAGCAACUCAUGGUAACAUCCACUGAGACUGAUAGCAGCACAUUGAAGCAGCAUGUCAAGAUUGUACUCGCUCAGGCAACGACGAUCCUGAACAAUUUGACUCCACGUAAUUUCAAGGCACUUGCUGCGGAGAUUUAUGAGUUGCCAAUAAACUCAGAAGAGCUGGUGAACGGUUUGGUAGAGAUCAUCUACAACAAGGCAAUAUGUGAGCCAACUUAUUGCAAGCUCUAUGCUCGUAUUUGCAAGCGUGUACAAACUUUGCAAGUGCCGGCUGAUGCAGGCAAUACAGUGACGUUGCGCAAGGUUAUGCUAUCCAAAUGCCAGAAAGAUUUUGAGGAAAGGAAGGAUGUGGUCCUUGAAGAUCUGAAGAAGAAGCACCUCGGAGAUGAAAAGAAACUGACGAGUGAAGAGUUGAAGCAGAGGACUGCUGAUUACGAACAUGAGGUCAGCGAGGUCAAGAAGCGGUGGCUCGGCAACAUUCAACUCAUCGGCGAACUCUUCAAGCUGCAAAUAGUAACUCAGCCAGUUGUUCACGAAUGUUUGGUCAAGUUGCUGCAGAGUGCUGAAGACAAAGUAUCGCUGGAACUGAUGUGCAAACUAUUUGAGUGCACAGGACACUUGCUCGACCAUGAAAGGGCUCGUAGUCGCAUCGAUAACUACUUUCAUUAUAUCGAGAAAAUUAUGAAGCACGCUGGCAACAAGGCCGUGUCAGCAAGAAUACGUCUCAUGCUCCAGGAUUUGGUCGACGAAAGGAAGCAUGGCUGGAACUCUGCGUGGAGGGCAAGAAGCCCAGAACUCUAGACUUUAUGAAGCAGGAUACUGCUCAGGCUGAGAAAGCCAAGGCAGCAGAGCAUGCAUCAGCAGCUCCUCUAUGCCACCUGGCAACUCACAUACAGUGGUAGGAUUCUGCCCGCAGAGGAAGCACGAUUGAAACAAUUACGGACGUUUGACUACUUGCCAACUGAAGGUAUACGGAUCUAUUUAUUUUAGUGAUUAGUUAUCAAUUAUCUAGUCAGUCUCACCGAGACUCACGCGAGCCGUGGAUUUUCUUAAAUUUUAAAUCAUUUUAGUCUUUCAUACGGUUGAUCAUUUGCUAGCCUUUUGACCAAUUUCGUGCCUACGCUACUCACGUUGACAACAAUUUUUCUUGCGGUCUUGUAAUGAUAACUGUAGCACUGGUUUUAGCGUUCUAUGGUCUAAUAAUAAUAAUAAUAACUUUAUUAGGAUGACCCAAAGGCUGACCGCCUAUCGUGGGGUCCGUCGCAUUGAAGGAUGAUGGUACAAGAGAGUACAG